AUGGCUGAAACAACAGAAUAUAGUGAAGUCCCGCAAACCACUACCACUGAGAAGGAGAGCCCCAAAACUCCCGAACCCCCGACAGAAGACCCCGAUGUGAUAUGUCUGAAGCCCAAAAUGACUUUAUUAAACGGGUGUACAGUUAUAAUCGGUUCAAUCAUCGGAUCCGGAAUUUUUGUUUCGCCCAAAGGAGUGCUCGAAAACACCGGAAGCGUUGGACUCUCUCUUGUGGUNUGUCUGAAGCCCAAAAUGACUUUAUUAAACGGGUGUACAGUUAUAAUCGGUUCAAUCAUCGGAUCCGGAAUUUUUGUUUCGCCCAAAGGAGUGCUCGAAAACACCGGAAGCGUUGGACUCUCUCUUGUGGUUUGGAUAACGAGCGGUGUUUUCUCGAUGAUCGGCGCCUACUGUUACGCGGAGUUGGGCUGUAUGAUCACUAAGACUGGCGCCGAUUACGCUUAUAUUAUGGAGUCUUUCGGUCCUUUCCUCGCUUUCAUCAGACUUUGGAUUGAAUGCAUGAUUGUGAGGCCGUGUUCUCAGGCAAUAGUUGCGCUCACGUUCUCCUUCUAUGCUUUGAGACCAAUAUUCCCGGCCUGUGAUCCACCCGACGAUGCCGUCAGAUAUCUGGCCUGCAUUUGCAUUUAUAUCUUUAAGUCGGGUUUGAAUAGCAUAUUCUACAAUGUAGAAUCUUCAUAA